AUGGCACCGCACAAAGUCACCAGUUCCGACUCGAAGCGUCCAGUCCCCGAGACCUGGCAGAUGGGCACAGAGUCCUUCAACCACCGCAUGUCACAUCACGACGGGGUUAAAGCGCUCUGGGAGACGAAAUGGCGGCUCCCCUGCACCAAGUCCGUGUAUCCCUUCCACGACGGGUCCUUCGAAGACUUCGAGCCUAUAUUCACGGCUCUGAUAUCCAGCGGUAUCAACGAUGGCGCCGACACAGCGUACACGGAAGCAUUCUUCCCUACGGCCGCAUCCCUCGAAAACUCCGGCGACGAGGCGAUGGCGAGCGGGAAAAAAGAAGAGGCCUCGAAACUGUAUCUCCGCGCCGCGUGUGUGUUGCGCAUCGCUCGGUUCCCGUAUAUUACGGGUUUCAACGGGCCGAGUUGUCCUGUGAAGUGGCGCGCGUGGGAGAUGCAGAAAAAGGUUUAUAUGAAGGCUGCGAGCGCGUGGAGCGUGCCUAUUAAAGAAGUUGAGGUCCCGCAUAUUCAUGCCCAGGACACGGAUCGGGGUGUCAUCCCUGCGUAUGUCCGUGUGCCGAAUACCCAGACCCGCGAUGGAAGUCAUCCUACUGUUCUCCUCUUCACGGGUUUAGAUGGCUAUCGGCCUGAUAACACGGGCCGAUGCGAUGAGUUCCUGGCGCGUGGAUGGGCGUCUGUUACGGUUGAGAUCCCUGGUACCGCGGAUUGUCCUGCUGACCCGGCCGAUCCGACUUCGCCUGACAGACUUUGGGAUUCGGUCUUCGAUUGGAUGUGCGCUGAUGGACGGUUCGAUAUGCGGAGGGUAGUGUGCUGGGGUUUGUCCUCCGGCGGAUACUAUGCUGUGCGCGUCGCGCAUACGCAUCGCGAACAACUUGCAGGUGUCGUGGCGCAGGGCGCGGGGACGCAUUAUUUCUUUGCGAGAGAAUGGCUUGAGAAAGCUGAGGGGCAUGAGUAUCCCUUUGAACUCCUGCCUGCGCUGGCGAGGAAGCAUGGGUUUGAUGAUGUUGAGAGUUAUUUGGAUGGCGCGCUGAAGAAGUUCUCUCUGCUUGAGACCGGGGUGCUGGAGAAACCUUGUGCGAAGUUGUUGUUGGUUAAUGGCACCCUUGAUGGUCUUAUGCCGAUCGAAGACUCGUCACUCCUUUUCGAAUACGGAUCUCCCAAGGAAGCGAGAUUCUUCCCUAGGGCCCUACAUAUGGGGUAUCCUAUGGCGAACUCAUCGGUCUAUCCGUGGAUGGAGGAAGUCCUGGGAUCAGCGAAAUAG